AUGGCGGGUCUGCUCAAUCAACCAUCAGCUACUCCAGACGGCGUUAAGAUAUCAUGCUUCCGGCGCUUUGCACUGCUGAACGCAGACCAUGGAAUGGCGUUGUCCGUAUUCUCGGCGCUGGUCACCGCAUCAUCCCUACCGGAUCCUCUCUCUUCUGUCUUGAGCGCCGUGGCUGCAGCGUAUGGGCCCCUUCAUUUUGGUGCAACCGAGACUGCGCACCGUACUCUCCGGGAAAUAGGCUCCCCAGAUAACGUUCCAUCGUUCAUUGAGGAAGUCAAAAAUGGGCGGAGAAAAUUAUUCGGCUACGGACAUCGUGCCUACAAGGGGGUCGACCCGCGAGUCCAGCCAAUACAGUCCAUUCUGAAGGACCUCGACAUGUCCUCGAACGGACUCCUGAAAAUUGCCGAACGAAUCGAACAAACGGCUUCGACCGAUGAUUACUUCCUGAAGAGGGGCCUUUACCCGAACGCUGACUUUUACGGAAACUUUGUGUUCACUGGGAUUGGCUUUGAGCCGGAUAUGAUCCCUGCAGCCAUGUUGGCUCAGCGAAUUAUAGGGAUCAUGGCCCACUGGCGGGAGUAUAUGCUUAACCGCGGCAAAUUGCUCCGGCCAUCGCACAUUUAUACAGGGGAUGUGAAGGCCGCGGAGAUCUCAUCUAAACUGUAA